AUGUUUCGCCAGGACCAACGAGGCACCCAGACUCUGAGUCUUGAUGUAAAUGGGUUUUAUUUGGUACUAUCAGACUGUGAUAGGGUCUACAAGUUUCACUGGGGUCUCUAUCUGGCAAAAGCUCCACAAUACGGUGUCGUAUAUCACAUAAUCAGCGAUUCAAACGGCAAGUUAAUCCUUGAAACUGGACCCGUUGAAAAUCCGUUUACUUUCUCUCACAUUAUUCUUGCCAUCAAACUGGCAGACAUGGACCCGGCUCUCCACGAAGCCCUUGCCGAUCGACUUGCGGAGGUCCCGGUAGCUUAUUCUACUCGCUUUCGUGAGAACAUUACAUGUCGAGUUUGGGUAAAAGAGGCCCUCUUUUUGUUGGAUGACCAGGGCUAUAUCAAGCUUAUUCGAGAAGUUAUUGCACUGGAGAGAGAAGCAAUAGGGGCAGCAAUCGUUCAAAAGAUCGGAGGAACCCGAUUAAUUUUGAAAAGCGCCGCCGUCCAGGUUUAA